CCGAAAGCCCCUGACACACCGACAACGGUCACAUUUCAAUAUCCUUUCCCCAGAAUCUUCAACAUGGUGAAAUCUUUGUCUGCUCUGGCCUUGGUCGCCGUCGCCACCACCGUCACUGGUGAAAUCUACUUCAACGAAGACUUCACCACCUCGGACAACUGGGUGCAAUCCACGUUCAAGCCUGCUGCUGAACGCUCGGACUUCGUGCACACUGCUGGCGACGUGUUCUAUGACGACUCUGACAAGGGUUUUCAAACCAAGCAAGACGCUCGCUUCUACGCGGCGACGGCCAAGUUGAAGAAGCCCAUUAACAACAAGGGCAAAGACCUGUACUUGUCGUACUUGGUCAAGUUUGAACAAGACAUUGAUUGCGGUGGCGCCUACAUCAAGUUGGCGCCUGCCAACACUGACCAAGAAACGUUCAGCGGCGAUUCGCCGUACAACAUCAUGUUUGGCCCGGACAUUUGCGGCAGCACUCGCAAGACCCACUUGAUCUUUAACUUCAAGCGCCCGAACGAGUCUGAAAGCAAAAACUUGGACCACAAGACUGACAUCAAGGCCGAGAAGGACAAGGACGCCCACUUGUACACCUUGGAGUUGACCAAGGACAACAAGUACAACGUCAAGAUUGACGGCAAGGACACCAUGACUGGUACUUUGGCAGACAACUGGGAUUUCCAACCCCCCAAGAAGAUCAAGGACCCCACCAAGUCCAAGCCAGAAGAUUGGGUGGAUGCUGCCAAGAUUGUUGACCCCAACGACAAGAAGCCUGAUGGCUGGGACGACAUCCCCAAGACCAUCCCGGAUCCUGACGCGAAGAAGCCUGAAGACUGGGACGACGAAGACGAUGGUGACUGGGAACCUGCCGUCAUCGACAACCCUGAGUACAAGGGUGAAUGGAAGGCCAAGUACAUCGACAACCCCGACUACAAGGGCGAAUGGGUGCACCCCGAAAUUGAUAACCCGGACUGGUUCGAGUCGGAAGACUUGUACAACGUGUGCAAGGACUGCGGCGUCAUUGGGUUUGAGCUGUGGCAAGUCAAGUCGGGCACGUUUUUUGAUGACAUUUUGGUCACGGACGACAAGGCUGCGUUGGACGCGCACGAGACCAAGGUGUUGGAAAAGAUUUCCAAGAUGAACGCGCACCGCAAGGAAGUGGAAGAAAACGAGCGAAAGAAGAAGGAAGAAGAAGCGAAGAAGAAGGAAGAAGAAGAGAAGGCGAAGAAGGACGCGGAAGAAAAGGCGAAGAAGGAUGCGGACGACGAGGACAAGAAGGACGACGAGGAAGACGCGGACAAGGACGACGACGCGUCUGACAAGGACGAACUAUAGAGUGUAUCCCCCCGUUUUCAUAUUCCACCGUAGUUUUGACCAAUUUUAUUCAAGUGCCCAUGUCCCUUCAGAGAAUGCUGGCGCACUGUGGACGCGUCGUCGUUUGGAUAAUCCAUGGUUCCUUGCCCUGUCGGAGGCUCCCGGCGGAACCUUACGCGCCGCUUUAUCCCCGCAGAAGAGGGAUUCAAGCGGUCACUUCGUUGCGAGUUCGGGUCAUGCAAGUUUUUCGCCUGUCUGGAGAUAUACCUACAUUUUGGCAAAUAUUAGUCGGU